AUGUCAAACAACUCGUUGGAUCCCGCUUCGAUCUUGCAUACACUCGCACAAAUUACACCUGGAACGUUGCAAAACCCAUACGAUGCCCUUGCUGCGGCCACGCAUGCCAUCAUGUUGAGCAUCGGUUGUAAGUUUGCUGGUCUUGGAGAUGACGCCCGACAAGAAGGCGACGGCACUGUUCGAGCACUACCACAAGAAUGGAAUUCAAACGGUCCUCAUCACUAUGCAUUUCGCUACAGCCAUCCACAAUCGAGUAUGACUUUUGUCAUCAAGUCCAUCAGGCUUGGUGAUAGGUGGAUUUGUCAUGGCAUUGGUAUUGAGGAUAACAAGACUGCUACUUUGGAUAUUGUAACAUCACAAUUUACUUCGGCUGCAUUCUUCCCGCAUGAUCCAUCAACAAGCCAAGAACCUCUCAUCCAUGGUUUCAUCUCGACAAGCCAAUUCCAAGAGUUUAUUUCGCUUUUCAAAAUCAACAUCUUGCAACGUAUUCUUCCAGGAUUGCAAAAGGAAGGCUAUGACAAUUCUGGCUCUUCAUCACAACAGCAACAGCAACAACAACAACCCCCCUCUUCUUCUUCCACAACUCAACCACAACGACGUGAUCCUCCACCUUUUCGACCACCACUUUUUGAAGAUCCUAUUUCAGCUGAUGAUCCUUCAUCAUUCGAUCCUAGCAAUCCCUUCAGUGUAGGUCGAUCUGAUCUUGAGCCCAUGGGAGGUGGUCUUCGUAUGCCAGGAUCUGGUGGUGGUAUGUUUGUUGGCCCUGAACACCCCAUGUUUCGAGCACGUCGCGACGAGGAGCAAUCGCCCUUUAGUGGUGAAGGUCCACAACGUCUACCAAGAGGUGCUGUACCACCUGGUGCACGCUUUGAUCCCAUUACACCCACUGGCGGUGGUGCUGGUAUGAGACCUCCUCGCGGUCCUCGUGGUGGCUUUUUUAGCGGUGAGCCUGAUAAUGAUGAAUUACCUCCUCCAGGAAGCCAUGAUAUGUUCUUGUGA